GCCUUGUGGGUUUAUUUUAACUCAGGCAAAUCAAAUAGUUUCAAAUGGUUUAAAACGUAACGGGCCUACCACAAUACUAUAACAACCAUUCGACAUUGAAUAUGUUUAACGAUUUUCUGCUUCAAUACAAUACGCAGAUUUAAAUGUCCAAGUCAGCCGUUGAAUGUACGAGUCAGUCCUCCUCGCAAAACUUCAAUAAUUACUGUUGAGGCCUGGAUAUUUAAAUUAUAUCUACAUUCGCCACCGUUUACUAUUAGAAAGCGCCGAUAUUUCGAAACCUGCAUGUUGAUCAAACGUUAAUAUUUCUGAUCUCAGAAGAAGAACACCUUAACUGUCACUCACGUAUUGAUAGAUUGAAGCAGAGACUGUUUUUAUUUCAUUUACUCUUGCCUCACAUAGGCUUCCAUGUUCAUGACACUAUACUUUCUAUUAAGGGUCUACGCCACAGUCUUGUCCCGUGACCCGUGGUACAGUGUGAAUGAAAGUUUUCUCCCAUAAUCUCUUUCCACAGGAAGGACAGUGAAAUUAUUAGUUUGGUAUGUGCUUGACAAUAGUUCAUUUAUAGACAUUACGGUGUGUUCCAUUUGUUUUCGAAAAUUUAGACGCCGAUUCGCCGGAUUUGAAAUGAAAACGAAAGUUGAUUUGUCAUUUAUAAAGAUGGCAACAUCCCUAGACAGUUCUUCGAUGGAGGAUGUUACAUUGUGUUCUAUAUGUUUCGAAAAGUUCAAGUCGCCGAGGUUUUUACCGUGUACACAUUCCUUCUGUCACGGUUGUUUAUCUUCCUACAUUGUUAAUGUGUGUAAAUCUACAGAGUUUCGUUUGGGAUUUAAUUGUCCAUUAUGCCGCGAGUACAUACCCUGUCCUGGUGCAUUCGAUACGCCAGAUGCGUGGGCGGGGCUAUUUCCGUUGAAUGAAGUUUUAGAGACAAUCGUUAAGAAACCUGAUGGGAAAUUGUGUGAUGCCUGUUUACGAGAAAACGAAAGUGAAAAUGCUAUCGGGUUUUGCUUGUCUUGUACUGAAUAUUUAUGCAAGGUGUGUACCAAAUAUCACAAAAGGCAAUUGCUCUCAAGAGAUCAUACCAUAUGUCAACUGAACGAGAUGAAAUCUGGCAACAUAUUUCCCGAAUCAGGGAAUAUCCAUAGCUGCCCAAAACAUAAAAGGGAAACUGUCAAAUUCUUCUGUAAUGAUCACCAGCAGUCCUGUUGUUCAGUGUGUAUAGGAAUAAGUCACAGAAAAUGCGAAAGUAUUGAUACUGUUGAAGAUGCAGCAAAAAAUAUAAAACAAAAUCGCCAACUGGAUGUUCUUUUAGGUGAUAUGAAGAACGUGGAAAAGAAACUGACAAAAGCAAAGAGCGAACAAGAGAUAAAUGUAGCAGAAAUAGAGAAUUCAGUGGACGAAAUCAUAGAGAAAACAGAAAGGGAAUUCAAGGAACUUGUUGAUCACCUAGACAUACUGAAGAACAAACAUUUAGAUGAGGUAGCAGAUGCGCUGAAGAAAGGAAGGGGGAAGUUAAGUGAAUGUACAAAUGUACUUACUGAUGGUAUACAGUGUACAAAUUACUGCUGCCGGAAUAUUGAAAGAGUUAAAGAGACGGAGAAUGACGCUGAAAUGGUGAUGACGUAUUACAGAGUGAAAGAGAGGCUCUUACAGCUGAAACGGUUUAAAUGCACGAAGAAACAGAUAACGAUAUCUGAAAAAAAGUCACAAGUUUUGAAAGAAAUGAGAAAUAUGGAAUCUUUUGGAGAUGUUGAAUAUGCUGAGUCUGAUCGUCGCAUCACGUACGAUGUAAAUGACAUUGCGUUAUCUUUAGUUAAUGAAUUCAGCAUUGAUGGAGAAAAUCCGAUUGUGUGGACUGGGAAUUUUCUGUCCAAUGGUAACUUUGUAUUUGCAGAUUACAUACCUGAUGGACGUUGUUUUAUUUAUAACAAAGACUGGAAACCCACGGAAGUCAUUGAUGGACUGAGUUACCCUUUUGAAGCAAUACAAGCUGGAGAAGAACUACUGGUGACGUGUGAUGGAACGAAGUCUAUAGAAGUUUUUUCUUUGUCUGAUUUACAUAAACUGCGAAGUAUCAAAAUCAACGAAACAAUGUAUGGAAUAACACAACACAAUGGAAUUUGUUAUGUAGCAUGUGGAAAUAAGAUUAUAAAAUUCAAUCUGUCUGGUAAAAAACUUAGAGAAUAUAAAGUCGAAGGCAAUUACAAUAUUCACAUAAGUACAACAAAAGAUGGACAUAUUGUGUACAGUAACUGUUCCCUGAAUACAGUAACCGCCAUCACGGACCAGGGAGACACCGUGUGGCAGUAUAAACAUAUCAAAAUGAGAGUACCCCGUGGACUCGAUGUAGACUUUGUCGGUAAUAUCUUUGUUGCCGCUAGAGGAAGUGACAAUAUCCACGUGUUGUCUGGCGCUGGCUGUCUCAUUAGGAUUAUCGAGGAUAUUCCACAGCCAAUGUUUAUUAAACUAAUGGAAGAGAGGAGUAUAUGUUGUGUGUGUAGCAAUCGUAGAAUCAUGAAAGUGUAUAAAUUGUAGAAUUUGU